AGACAUUGGAACUACGGUGUUCUUCAGUUCGGUUUUCAUGGGGUGUGCUGUCGGUAUUGAUGUAUGUUUCUGUGAAGGGUUGAGAUUCUAGUAAGAACAAAGUGGUGCAAGUUCUCAAUUUGAUGUUGUCACGAUAAUCAGCGCGGAGACGUUUGUGGGAAACGACAGAUCGGACCGAGUAGCGUUUGCGCAGCACGUCACUUUCGCCGACAUAAAACUGGCCGGCUCUCGUUUUCCGGACCCAAUACAACGCCAGAACUCGAUUUCGUCGUUGUAACGUGCGCACACAAACACACACACAUACACACACACACACACCGCAAGCGAUUCGCGCCGAACUUGAACCCGCAGCAGGACCUUGGAGCGACCGAUCAUCAGCAGGACGAUCGACGCGUGAACCAUGGGACAGUGAGACGGUGGUGCUGGUGCGGAUCAUCGAUUUUCGAACAGUAAUAUUUGUCUGUGAGCCGUGACAAAAACGAUCGGUACAAGAUGAACGGGAUGAUGAAGAUGUUCUCCAGCGUGAAGGACUUUUACAACGAGAUCAACGGUGCCACGCUGACCGGUGCCAUCGAUGUGAUCGUUGUGGAGCAGCCCGACGGAAGCUACAACUGUUCACCCUUCCAUGUGCGCUUCGGGAAGCUGGGGGUGCUCAGGAGCAGGGAGAAAGUGGUUGACAUUAUCAUAAAUAAAGAGCCUCAGAAUAUACACAUGAAAUUGGGGGAAAGUGGCGAAGCCUUUUUCGUCGAGGAAUUGGUCGACGAGAACGACAUUCCAGAACAUCUGGCUACGUCCCCAAUUCCCGUUGAGUUUGAAGACAUGCUAAAGCAUCAAGGCAGAAGAAGGAGCUUGGACUUGGAGAGCGGCGAGCUGCCUAAUUUAGAUAACCAAGUAAACGAUUACUCCAAACGCAGAUACACGGCGGACAACGAAAACGGAAAGACUAGAGAGAGAAACUUCAUUCAAAGACAAAUAGGCUUAGGGAACAUAGAAACGUUGGAGAAUUCAGCGGAGGAAAUGACACAUUCCAUACAUUCCGCCAAAAUGAGCAGCGAGGACGUCAGCAAGAGCAACGAUAUAUCCGAGACCAUAUUUAAAAUGGACAGCUUGGAUAUGGAAGGCAGCAAAUCGGAGGAGGUGACCAAGACACCCGUGCAGGGAACCCCCAACGAAACCAAGAGCAGCAAAAAGAAAAAGAAGAAGAUGAGAAAGAAAAACGCCGCCCGAAAGUCCAUAAACAACUCGAACACAAACUCGACCGCUGAACAGUCGGAGAAGAUCAGCGACUCAAACACCAGUUCGUUGGACAGCAACUCCUCAGAACCAGAACUACAGAAGCUUGAGAAGGAAGAAAAAGAAAUGAUCGACUCAUUGAAGAUGAUACCGGAUUUCCAUUUCUUCAGUGACACAGAAGUGACAAACAGCACCGCAAACGAUUCCAGGUCGGGGUCUCCGACUCACGUCGAGUCCGUUCAAUCGGAUUCGGAAAUAGAAGUGAAGAAGAUGAAAGGUAAGUUUUAUAAACCUUUGAUGUGGCAGUCAAAUUACAUUUUCUUAGAAGAUGUGCAGAGUUCCAAGAACUGGGAAUGGGGCGGGUUCCCCAGCUUAUCCGAAACCACUUCCCCGACAAGCGAGAAUCCAACCAAAGAGGAACAAAAGUCGAUGCUCAGCGGGAUGUUUUCGUUCAUGAAGCAGAAGCACAGCGCCCAGAACCAAUUGAUGGAAGGUGGACGGUAUCUGUCGGAAAUCACGAACAACAUCGAUCCCGAAGUUACAGAGAUUUACUUCAACAAACGUGCUGAGUCCGACAUGGAUUGUGAAUCAGGAAACGGACCAUCCCUGGCUCAAAGUCCAAUCACCGCGGAAAUGGGAAAGUCUCUGGACUCCGACUUCGAUGAACAGAAAUCCACUCACAUUUUCUCCCACGACAUCUCAUUGUCGCUGUGCGGCUGGGAUCCAAUGCCAUCUGAGGAGAAGUUUCUCGAGCACACUGUCAAAUUCAGUGACUUAUGUAAUAAUCCCGUUCUUUUUGAAGACAACAAUUUGGUGGUUAGAAUUAAAGAUAAAUAUUAUUCGUGGAAAGUGGCAGCUCCAAUUAUCGCCACCAUCAUGGUGUACGGAAGACCUUUGUUGCAAUCCUCAGUGGAUCAUUUGGUGAGUCUUCAUAUGCCUUCUGCCCCAACUGGAGAUAAAGGAAUCAGUAAGCAAGAGUCCCAGGAGUCUACAAGAUCUUGGUCGGCGUGGUGGAGGGGCCGAAAGACUACAAGAGAAACCACUUCUGUUACAGAACCUAGUGAGAUUAAAACCACAACAGAUGCCAAAGAAGAGAAGAUAGUGGAGGAAGUUAUCCAGGAAACAAUCACCGACAGCCCCACUGCUACAACUCCAAACAAACCAAAGGAAAUACAUAUACCCAUCGAGAAGGAAGACGAGGUUAUAAAUGUGAAGGAGUCACCAAGCAGUGACAAAUUCAGAAAGACGUUGCGUCUCAGUUCCAAACAAAUUCACUCAUUGAACCUCAAAGACGGCGUGAACGAGGUGGAAUUCAGCGUAACAACAGCUUAUCAAGGAACAACAAGAUGCCAAUGCCAUUUGUACAAGUGGAAGUGGGACGACAAAAUAGUCAUUUCCGACAUUGACGGCACCAUAACAAGGUCAGACGUUUUGGGCCACAUCCUGCCGAUUGUCGGCAAAGACUGGGCGCAAACCGGAGUGGCUCAGCUCUUCAACAAGAUCAAAGACAACGGAUACAAGCUGUUGUACCUCAGCGCCCGGGCCAUCGGACAGGCGCGCAUCACCCGCGACUACUUGAGAUCAAUCAAACAGGGCGAUCUUAACAUGCCCGACGGACCCAUUCUGUUGAACCCCACGUCCUUGAUUGCGGCCUUCCAUCGGGAGGUGAUCGAAAAGAAGCCGGAACAAUUCAAGAUCUCCUGCAUGAGCGACAUCAAAGCUCUCUUCCCUCCAGACUCCAAUCCGUUUUACGCCGGCUACGGUAACAGGAUUAACGAUGUUUGGGCGUACAGGGCCGUUGGUAUUCCUAUUGUUAGGAUUUUCACUAUUAAUCCUAAGGGCGAAUUGAAGCAUGAGCUCACCCAAACCUUCCAAUCUAGUUACUCCAACAUGAGUUAUAUAGUGGACCAGUUGUUCCCUGCAGUGCUCCAAGCCGCCGAUGAUUACUCCCAGUUUGUGUAUUGGCGGGAGCCAAUUUCUUCUAUUGAAGAUUUGCCACCAAUAGUUUAAUAUUGUACCUAUUAUAUAUGCAUUUACUAUACAGUAUUUAGCAACAAAUGUCAUUUAAUCUCAGCUGAUGCUUUCCAUGUAAUGCAAUACUUAUUGGUAUGAUGAGUAAAUUCAUGUUUUGAACCAGUUUUCAAUGGGUUUAUGAAGAAACAUUAAUAGUUCUACAAGAUAUUAUGCAAUAAGAAACAUGUUUCUUUAGAUAUUCGUUGAAACAAUGCUUAAACUUUUUUAAUGUACGCCACUAUGUCUCAUAUCGUAGAAUCAUUACUGCGUAUUCAUGCUAUAUGAAAUUAAUAUGUGUAUUUAAAUUGAAAAUUUAUGUAUUUUUAUCAUCAAUUCGUUUACCACCACAUCACUGUUUAUGGUAUGUUAAUCUUUAUUGUAAGAAAUGGUAAUACCAUGUUAAAAUAAUAUAAUGUAAUUAGUUUACAAGUAAACUUAAUUUAUUGUUUAGCUUCAUAGAUAAAUGGUAAUUUCUAUAGACUGUCACAAGUGCUAGAUUUUAGUGAAUUAAAUAUUGUUGCUUAUUUUUAAGUAACAUUCCAUUAUAGUAAAAAUUGAUCUGUUAUAUUGAUUUAAUUUUUAUUUUAUUGGAAUAGUUUAACCAUUUAGAAUUUUUAAUUUGUAACAAAAGGCUGUUGGUAAUGUGAUAUGUAAACUACCAAUGGAAACAUAUUCCAAAAACAAAACUUUAGGUUUAGUAUGUUUUUUCGUUUAGUAGGGUUUACUAUUGUAAUUUGUAAAGAAAGUCAUAAUAAGCCGUGCACUCUACAUUUGUGAUAUUUGGUGAUUACGAUGGGACAAUUUAUUUUUUUUAACAACCUCUUGUUUUGUAUUAAUUUAUUGCAAUAAAAUUGUGAGUAGAAUGUCAAA